GUACGUAUCAGCAGAUUGCUCCGCUAAUUUAUUUUGUAAACCGCAUUCGCAUUGUUUGUACUUGAGAAAAUGAGCUUGCAAGAUGAGAGUUUUCCGGAAGACGAUAUAUUUAAUAAACUAAACGGAUCAAAGCACGAUCACGAGUCACAACUUAGUAGUAUACCCGAACGACGACGACCGUUGACGCCAUUUUUAAACAGCGACUGCUCUGAGGCGGACCACUCCUACACGGAGGCGGCGAACACCAGUGGAAAGACCUGUGUGAGCGAUCCAACGGGCCUCGACCAGGCGGAUGCAGAUGGCGAAGAUGGGGAGGACGAUGGAAAGGACGUCAAUGCUCAGCUGGGUACGAGUCGGAGCACAAAGGCGUUCUCCUAUCAGGAUAUACACUCGAAGGCGACGAAGCGGCGCUACAAGCACGUCACGAGCAAAGUUUCGCAAUACAUUGCUGCCAUACAGGCACAGGAUCAGAAGCGUCGCACCAAACCAAACACAUUUCAGAGGCAUCGCUCAAUGCCAGAGACGCUGACGCCAAAGGCAAUGCCCCGAGAGGUGCAUUACAGUGCCGAGGAGCUGCGUACCGCCAAAGAGUCGAGCUCGACCAACAACAAUAGCAGCGAAGGUGACGCGCAGACGUCAACGGAUCGAGACGAGAGCUAUGAGCGUCUCCUGAACGAAAAGGAUCGCAUGCAGAGCUACAAUGAGUAUUUGCAGGCACAGCUGCAUAAGGAACUUGACGAGAAAAUAUUACUGAGACGCAACUUCGAGGCCGUACGUAUCGAAUUAGAUGACCACAAGCUGAUGCUGAAGCGCCAGAAUUGUGUUAAUUACGCCCGGGGUGGCCAACAACGUCAUUCGCUCGGCUCCCUCAUCUAUUGUCCGGUCAGUAUUGAGAAAAGCACACAAACCGAACACAUCUCGAUGCCAGGCCAGCUGCCGAGUCUGCCCGAAACCCUGCCACCCAGCGCCAAGAAUCUUACGUUCGACAGCAGCGGCUUAAGCGCUGGCUCCAGCGAAGUGGCGCUCCUAAGUGUGGGCCCCGCACCUAACAAUAAUAAUAAUAAUGCUAACAGGAAAACUAAUGCCAACAUCCAACCGCUUGCAUUGAAUUUUAGCAACGAUAGCGUCGAAAUGGACUCCCACGGCAAUGUUGAAUCCAAUGCCGGGACAGUUCAAGCUGCCAGCUCGUCUAAUCGCAACAGCCAUCCGAGCAGCAAUGAUUCGGCGAUUGAGGUGGAAGUGGAGCUGAGAUCGCCGACACCCGAUGCAUCCCGAUAUCGACGUAAUUCUAUCAUAUUUAUACCAACGGAGGUGGCCGAUCAACGAGAACGUGAGCGUGAACGCGUUUAUUACUUUGACAAGCGCUCGAAUCGCGUCAUUGAGCUGGAGAAGGUGAGUUCCCUGAGCAAUGAGGAUCCGUCGAGGGAAAAUGUUGUAUUCUUCCGCAGGAAGCGUUCGCUGCGAUCGCGUUUUUUGCGCAUCUUUGGACCAUGUGUGAGCUGCCAGGAUGCGAAUAACUCUGAAUUCAAUCAAACAACUUAUUCAGAGAUGCCGCUGCUGGGAAAAAGUUACGCACAAAACUGCAGUUCGCAUUGAAUACCCAAUUCUUUCCGAGCAUUUCGCAGACAAUAAUUGGAAUAACUUUUGUGGUUAGCAAAAGUAUUUGUCCAAUCGUUUCUGUAUAUAUGCUUCUAUUUGUAUUUAUAUUCGUGCUGCUGGUCUAUGCCUAUAUUUUAAUUUAUUUAUUUAUUACAUUUAUUAGUGUAGUUUACAAGUUUUAGUCGA